UUUGCAUCUCAGCAGUCUGGAAACUCCAGAGCUCCUUCUCUUCCCGUAACAACCAGGAGCAAGAGAGUUAAAUCCUCUGAUAAGGAGUUUUACAUCUAAAUUGUUGACGUGCUUUUAGACACUGAUUGGUCGGCAUGAACUCAUAAACAAGAUUCCCCUGAGGAUCCCUGCGGGUUUAUAACCGACCCCAACAGACGGCUCCGACACAGAUCUGCCUGCAGCGCAGAGGUCAUCAGUUCUCAUUUCACUCCCAGCAGACUAAAAUUGCAGCAGGUAUCUUUCAAAAUUCCUGCAGCAGAGGACCUCAGUUCAUCUGAGGUGAAAACAGGUUGAGGUCCAGCGAUGGCUCCUUCCAGCAGCUUGAUGCUGCUGCUGCAGCUCCUCAGCUGCAUGUCGGGCAGCCUGGCCUGUUUCUGCGACCGAUACCCCUGGAGCCCCUGGUCCAUCUGCACCAACACCUGCAACUACGGCACUCAGACCAGAAGCAGGACCUUUCAGUACGAUGAGUAUUAUUGGAAGAACAGCUGCCAACAAAUGUGUCCCAGAUUUGACACCAGAGGUUGUAACGACCAGGCGUGUCCCAUAAACUGCAUCCUGACAGAGUUCAGCCAGUGGUCCGACUGCUCGCCCUGCGCCAAGAAGCAGUUUCGGACUCGGUCUGUUGUGAGGCCUUCCCAGUUCGGUGGAUCAGAAUGCAGCCAAGAGCUGACGGAGGAAAGGCCUUGCUACCCUUCCAAAGAGUGCCAGUUACCACCUGUGGACUGUAAAGACCGCUUCAAGUGUGAAAAUGGGCGCUGCAUCGACUCAACGCUGACGUGUAACAAACAGAACGACUGUGGGGAUAACUCAGAUGAGAGGGACUGCGGCACCUUUAAAAUCGUCUGUCCCACUGAGAAGAGAGUGGCCCCUGGGGCUGAUCUGGUUGGAAAUGGUUUUGAUGCCCUGGCAGAGGCGUCGAGGGGAGCGGUGCUGGACAACAUGUUUAUGGGAGGAAGCUGCAUCAUCAAGCGGCCGCAAAGCACUACCCUCUACCAUCGAGUUCCACACAACUUUAAAACCUUUGAGAUUAAGGUUGGGGUGGUGGAAGACUUCAGCACGGACCCCCAGCCGCUGGUGUCUGAGUCCAUCGAGACCAAGAGAACUUCUGAAAUGGAACGAGGCACCCAAGAUCCAACAGGCUUUCUGUUUCUUUUAUUUUACUUACAUCGUUCUUCCAGGUCAAACCUUGUCUCUAGCAAGGAAGCCUUUGAGGCUUCAAAGAAAAAGGACUCCAAGUUUUUCCGAGUGCAUCAAAUUCUACCGGUUUCCACGUUUACGGUGAAGGAUCCUCAGGACGUUGUCCUUUCGCUGCCAUUCCUCCAGUUCCUUCAUGCUCUCCCUCUCGAUUACAACUACGCCCUCUACAGGGAAAUCUUCCAGCGCUUUGGCACACACUACUACAGCUCAGGAAAACUGGGAGGCCACUAUGACCUACUGUACCAGUACAGCCGAGAGGAGCUGAAAAGUUCAGGUGAAACAGAAGAGCACAUCAAAGGCUGCCUGAGGCGAGAUACCGGCUGGACUGUAAUUCUCUACACUGAAUACAGCAGCGUAUCCAGAUGCACAAAUAACCGGAUGACUGAAAAAUAUCAUGGGUCGUACAUCCAGGCCUCAGAGAAAUCCUUCUCCAUGACAAGAGGCGGUCGAGUCAGGGAGGCGUCCGCUCUAACCUGGGAAAGACAAGGUCCUGCUCCGGACAAGACAUCCUACAAGAACUGGGCCAAGUCUGUGCUUGAAAACCCUGACCUGGUGGAUUACAAGUUGCUUCCCAUCAUAGAUCUAGUGCAGGGAAUUCCCUGUGCUGUCACAAAGAGGAGAAACCUGAGGAAGGCUCUGCUGCAAUACCUGGAGGAUUUUGAUACCUGCAAGUGUGCCCCCUGUCCCAAUAAUGCCAGGCCGGUUCUCUCCGGUACCGAGUGCAAGUGUGUUUGCCAGACAGGAACUUUCGGUACCAACUGUGAGAAAAGGGCACCUGACUUCACAUCAGAGGCAGUGGAUGGUUAUUGGAGCUGCUGGGGGCCGUGGAGUGGCUGUGGGGGCUUCAUGAAGAGACAUCGAACGAGGAAGUGCGACAACCCUGCUCCCCUCAGAGGAGGUCAACCCUGCGAUGGUCCGAACAGAAUGGAGGAACCAUGUUCCGUCUCCCUUUUUGAAAGGCAGGAGUCCUGUGACAAUGAUGACGACUUCACUGUGGGAUGGAAGGAUGAGCUGCCGCCUGGGGUGGAGGGCUGUUUGAGACCCCAAAGGCCGACGAACAGCUUCCUAAGGAAAUCUAAACAGUAUUACAGCUUUGGUGAGGAUGAGGAGUUCCAGUGCUUCACCGGCUUUGAACUGGAGGGUUUCCAGUUCAUCAACUGUCUUCCAGACGGAACCUGGAGUCAACCAACAGGGAGAUGCAUCAGGAAGCUUUGUGUUGCUCCAGAGGUCCCAGAGAACAUGGAGCUGUAUCCCGCCAAAGCAGUGUACCGGGUGGGCGAAUCGUUUGGCUUUAACUGCAACGAGACGGGCCUGAUGCCGAUGCCCAGCGGCAUCUACAGGUGCAGCAGCAAACUCACCUGGGAGCCGCCGAUCCCUGCAGAGCUCCGCUGCACAGACGAGCAACCCUUUGUUCCCGGGGAUCAGUGCGGCCCAGGGCAGAAGCUGCAGGGAUCUCGCUGUGUCUGCAUCGAACGGGAGAGCUGUCUUUCACAGUCGGCGAGUCUCUGCAUCCUGAACGUAAACCUGGAUGUAGCCGUGUCGAUGUCGCUGUGCUCCUUCCACGCGGGCCGUUGUCACGGCGACCCGCUCUUCUUCAUCAGCGAAGGCCUGUGUGACUCGGUCGAACCGUCCGUGCUGAACAAGGCCAAGUUCAGAGCCAAGAUGUCGCCUCAGAGCUCUUUGCACGUGCCCUGCAACCUGGACACCUGCUACGAAUGGGAGACCUGCACCGCCUCCAAAAAGUGCCAGUGCAAAACUGCUCUGGAAUGCGCCAGAACCUCGGACCACAUGUUCUGCGUGAAGCGGAAAGGGACCCAGGUGACCCGAAGCUUGAGCCUCUGCGCUCUGGGAGCCACCACAUGCAUCGGUUAUGAGUUUGAAAUUGUCAAUGAGGGUGUUUGUGCAACAAGAUGAUGGUCCAACUAAACUUCCUGCAGCUCUGUGCUCUAAUUUUACUACAAGUGAUGUUUAAAAAAAUGAGUUAAAAGCUUUUUGACGAUAGUUAUGCAUUGUUGUUUGUCCUGUGUGUGUCUCUGCGUGGCCCUGUGAUGGACUGGCGACAUGUUGAGGGGUUUUUUCUGGCUCUGGCCCAAUGACCGCUGGAGAUAAGCACCAUCCCCCACGCCUCUGCAGGAAUGAGCCAUUAUAGCGAUGCAUGGAUGCACACGGAUAGUUUAAAUCAUUUAAAUCUGUCUCACAAUGUUCUGUUUUUACUCUGCAGUGCAAAUAAAACUUGAUGUUGAAAAAGAA